UGAAAUCAAAAAGAUAAAGCCAAUAAACCCCUUAAAUAAAUAGAAGGCACGCGUACAACGAUUAACAAGUCACAGUAACUGAUUCGAUCUGCAAACAUUCGAAGCAGGGAAAUAUUUCAAAAUGUUGUUUAGGACUUUGCUAGCUCUGACGCUGGUUUGCCUCACAGUUGGAUCUGUUUCAGCUGCUACAGAUAAAGUAGUCUGUUACUGGGGCACGUGGUCCACUUACCGUUGGGGAAAUGGAAAAUUCACAGUCGACAACAUCGACCCAAAUCUUUGCACCCAUCUGAUUUAUGGGUUCGUGGGUUUGCAAGCUGAUGGGAGUGUUCGUCUUCUGGACUCAUACUUGGACGUAGACGCCAAAACGUUUGAAAAGACCAACGCCCUCAAACAACGCAAUCCCAAUCUGAAAACACUUAUUGCUAUCGGAGGCUGGAAUGAAGGUUCGGAGACGUAUUCGGCAGUCGCAGCUAGUCCCUCGAAAAGAGCCACUUUAAUUAAUAGCGCGUUGGAUUUAGUUCUAACGUGGGGAUUUGACGGUUUUGAUUUAGAUUGGGAAUACCCGAACCAGCGCGGCGGAGUUUAUGCAGAUAUUGCCAAUUAUGCAACGUUGAUUAAGGAAUUCAGGGAAGUGUUUGAUAGAUAUGGUUUGUUGCUGACGGCAGCUGUUGCCGCAGCUUCUCCUUCGGUUGACUUGUCUUACGAUGUGCCAGCACUCAGCAAAUACCUAGAUUUCAUCAACGUGAUGGCUUAUGAUCUUCAUGGCUCUUGGGAGGAAGGAACUGGUCAGAACGCACCCCUUUACGCUUCGUCUAUCGAAAAAACUUACAACGAAAGAUUGUUGAAUGUUGAUGCGGCCAUUCAGGGUUGGAUUGCUAGAGGAGCAGCCCCUGAAAAACUGGUUCUGGGUCUUGGAAUGUAUGGUAGAACGUUCACCCUGGCUGACUCUUCAAAAACUGCACUCGGAUCUCCAAUCACUGGUGGUGGAGAUAAAGGAAAAUACACCGGAGAGAAUGGAUUCGUGGGAUACCAUGAGAUCAUAGAACUUCAAAACGCAGGUGGUUGGACAACUGUCUGGGAUGACGAACAAAAAACUCCCUACACGUACAAAGGUAACCAAUGGAUCGGAUACGACAAUCCUCAAUCCAUUGCCAUUAAAGUUGAUUACGCCAAAAAUCUAAAUUUGGGUGGAGUGAUGAUUUGGUCCAUUGACACAGACGAUUUUAACGGACUAAGUGGCACCAAAUACCAACUUCUCGCAACCAUUAAUCAGGCCCUAGCCGGUUCAAAUCCAGAACCACCUCAGCCUCAACCACAACCCGAACCUGAACCUGAACCAGAACCCGAACCUGAACCAGAACCAGAACCAGAACCUGAACCACAACCUGAACCAGAACCUGAACCCGAACCUCAACCAGAACCGGAACCGGAACCAGAACCAGAACCAAGCGAUCCAACUGAUCCCACUUCCUUCUGCAAAUCGGAAGGAUUUGUUAGAGAUCCCAAUGACUGCACCGUAUUUUACUACUGCUCCCCAGUUGAAGGUGGUUUCCAGGUUAUCAACAGGAAAUGUAACCAUGGAUUGGUGUAUGAUACCGUGGCUAAUAUCUGCAACUAUCCAGCUUUAGUACAAUGCUAAAUCAAUAUUAUCAAUCUUUGUUAAUUUUGAUGUUAUCAGAAAUAAAUCUAGAUGUUAAGAGCAA